AGCACCUUCUUGGUGGGGCUUGGAUAAGCGCCACGGCGCUUUGCUAGAUCUGCCUCGGCCUGCGCGACGGCGUCAUUCCGUCUCAGAUCCCACUUCCGGCCCACAUGACCGCGAUAGCCUCCAGACUCAUUCUCGUAUGCCGCAAUCAUGGCAUUCUGCCGUCCUCUCCCCCGCGCUGGCCGAAUUGACCACCGCCCACCAUGAGCUUCCUCGUUGAUCAUGCGCGCAAUGCGUACAACAACAAGCAGACGCACGUCGUCAUCUUCUCGUCCACGGCCAUUGCCCUCUAUGGCUACGACCAGGGAAUGAUGUCUCUGAUUAACACGAAUUAUGACUACCUCCAUACGAUGGGCAUUGGCGAAUCUUCGCCUAUCGUCGGAGUCAUCGUCGCCAUCUACUAUCUCGGAUGCGCUGUCGGUGCGGUUCUCUUCUCGAAAAUGUCGGACAAGAUUGGACGCAAACGCUCGAUCUUCUUCAGUCUCGCAACCGCCUCUCUGGGAAACCUUUUGAUGUUUCUCUCUGGAUUUGGAUAUACAAAAGGCGCUCUGGGGGUCAUGUUGACAGGAAGGGUGGUCAUGGGCUUGGGUGUGGGUGGGAUUGACUGCGUCAUUCCUACCUACAGUUCGGAGUUGUCUAAUGACGACGCUCGUGGGAAAGCGCUUGCUCAAGAGUUCCAGAGCAACAUCUUCGGACUGCUCAUGGCAUUUGGUCUCAACCUUGGUGUCACUGUUUAUCUAGGAAAGUGGAACCAAUGGGCGUGGAGAAUCCCGAUCAUUGCUAUGCAGAUAUACCCGGUGUUGCUGAUGGCGUUCGUGGAAAGGCUUCCAGAGUCUCCCAGAUGGUUCAUCUACAAUGGUCGACAGACCGACGCUCAAGCAGCCUUGAAUGACAUAUACGGAAAUGAGGGUGACAGCAAGCUUGAUGAGCUGCUAGAUGCCCACGAGAAGGAGAAAGACCAGGAAAUUGGCUACCUAGAUAUGAUUAACCCUUCGCAUCCGCAGUUCCACCCCACAGUGGUUACUGUUAUGGGACAGAUCAACCAAGCUUUGACUGGUUAUGGUGCGGUGUCUGUCUAUGGUCCUCAGAUCUUCGAGCUGCUAGGAUUCGCCGUCCGAGACGCUGAGUAUCUUACCCUCGGAAACUACACGUCCUACUUCCUCCUCAUGACCGUUGCUUGGCUCCUGAUCGAUGCCCUCGGCCGCCGCAAGCUUCUCAUUCAAGGUUCAUUCAUCCUCUGUGUGUCCUUCCUUCUCCUCGCCCUCUUCGGCGGCCUCGCAGAAAAUUCCUCCAAGUUCGACAUUCCGGUCAUUGUCCCUGGCAUCCUCGGCACCAUCGUGCUCUUCAUUGCCACGGGCGCGUUCGGCAUCGGCUGGCUCUCAACCGUCUGGCUGAUCCCCACGGAGAUCUAUCCCACGGCCGCCCGCUCCCAGGGCACCGCGAUCUCCGUCAUCGUAUGGGGCUUCGCCAACUUCGCCAUCACCUUCCUCACGCCCGUCAUGUUCAACAAUCUCUCGUACUUCAUCUUCGCCGUCUUCGCGGCAUCGAACGCGCUCGCGGGCGUGUGGACGUGGCUCUAUUUGCCGGAAACGGGAGGCCGCACAUUCGAAGAGAACCAGACAUUCUUCACGGACGCGCAGGAGGCGGGCACUUGGAGGGUAAGCAAGGUCGCCGGAGGCGAGUAUGCGGUGUUCAAGUACCCGGACCCUGAGGGCGAGGGCGUCGUGGAUGCGGAGAGAGUGCCGUUAUUGCAGAGGGUAGAGGAUCAAGUGCCCAGUGUGGAGUAGGAUGCGAGUGGCUUGCCUUUGGAUAAGAUUGUACACCCCGGUUCAACUUACUUUUGGUUCGCUGUCAUCCGGGAGGUUCGGGAGUUAGCGUGUCAAAGCUCACAAGCCACCGAGUGGUUUGUUAUUGCAGAAGGAAAGUCGCUGCGAAGGAUUGGGGUUAGUCUCCCGAUCUUCUGGUUGACAGUUACUAGACUUUAACCAUUUCUCUUGCUGGGUUC